CAGCUCGCCUCCAUAGCCUACUGCAGCCACCCCGACCUCCUAGCCGCCUGGAACUGCACACGCUGCGUGGGCCUACCCGGCUUCACCCCCCACCGCGUCGUGUACGACACCGUAUGGGACCUUGCCGCCUAUGCAGGGUACUACGCGCCUUGGGAUGCUGUCGUAUUGUCGUUCCGGGGUACGGACUCAUCUAAUUGGGGCCAAUGGGCCGAGAACAUGCGGGCCUGGCGUACGGAUCACAUGUAUCCCGUACCGGACUUUCCCCACGCGUUCAUACACGCGGGGUUUUACACGCUUUGGACUGGCAGCUCACUUCAGGCGACGUUCACAGCAGCAGUUUCGGAGCUCAUGGCGGUUCACCCGAAAGCUCGCCUCGUAGCUACGGGCCACUCCAUGGGGGGCGCCCUGGCGCAGCUGGCGGGCCUGGAGUUUAAAUUGUCAUACAAUACGACACAUACGACAGUGUACACGUACGGCGCGCCACGUGUGGGCAACGUGGCGUAUCAGCAGCUUUUCAACUCCUUUGUUGACAUCUCCUGGCGCUUCACGCACAACCGGGACAUCGUGCCCAGCGUGCCCCUGCAGCUCAUGGGCUUCCAGCACGUGGCGCGGGAGGUGUGGGAGGUGGACGUGGAGGACCCCUCCCGGGCGGGCGGCGUGGAGCGCAAGCUGCUGAUGUGCGACGCCAGCGGCGAGGACCCCUCCUGCCACAACUCCGCCUGCUACCUGGGUCUGUGCACCUCCAUAGCCGACCACCUGCUGUACCUGGGGCUGCACAUGUACCAGGACAGC